UUCAGCGUUUGGUUGGGCGAAAGAACCCUAGGUAGCGUGCGCGCCCAACCCGCGGGUCCUUCGCAGAGUUAUUCGGCCAUCAUCAUCAUAUUAUGCGGACAGCUUUUCUAAAAUCACCAUCUCGUCGGGCGGCGGGCAGUCGCUCAUAGCAGAGCCGAUCAUCCAGUGGUCGGUGCUCUUGCUAUCGGUUCUCUUGCUAUCGUUUCCUUCCUCAAAGGAGCAGAGUAUCGCCAUUGCUGUCGUCGGCCUUUCCUUGCUCUCCACGCCGCCGCUCCCUGCCCACCGCCGUCGCGUGUCCACUCUGCUAACGGUCGACGGCUGCGCGGCGUACCGGUAUUCCAGUGUGGGGAGAGCUUGGCUGUGAUCACCAGAGUAAUCUCCCCGCGUCGUCACGAUGGGGAAGGGACCUGGUUUGUUCUCUGAUAUCGGCAAGAAGGCGAAGGAUUUGUUGACGAAGGAGUACACAUACGACCAGAAGUUUACCGUGACUACGACGUCUCCGAAUGGACUGGCAUUUAUAACGUCGGGAACGAAGAAGGGAGAUUUGUUUGCGGGAGAUUUGAAGAGCGAAUACAAGAGCGGGAAUGUCAGGACAGAAGUUAAGGUUGAUACGGCUUCCAAGCUGUGGGUGACUGUGGUGGCGGAGAACCUUACGAAUGGAUUGACUGCGGGCUUCAGCGGUGCAUUACCUGAUAACAAGUCUGGAAAGGCGGAUUUCACCUUCGUGCAUGAAUAUAUUGGGCUCACCGGCUCCAUAGGAUUGACUGCGAAUCCGAAGGUCGAAGUCACCGCUGCCGUCGGCCACGAUGGCAAGUCGGUUGGUGGCGAGAUCACCUAUGACACAGCAUCUGGAACGUUCACAAGAUACAAUGCCGGAGUUGGCUUCACAAACGCGGAUUUCUCAGUUGCUGCGCAUGUAGUGGACAAGGGCGACACGUACAAGACAUCAGUCUACCAUGCGGUAAACCCGCGUACGUGUGUGGGCGUUGAGAUUGCCCAUGCGAAGAAAGCAGGGCAGGGGAGAGAGAACACGUUCACGGCGGGUCUAGCGCACAGACUUGAUUCGCUGACGACCGUGAAAGGGAAGUUGAAUAAUCUGGGUAUGGUGGCUGGUCUGGUUCAGCAUGAAUGGCGGCCCAAGUCGACUGUGACUAUUUCAGGGGAGGUAGAUACGAAGGCGCUGGACAAAUCGGCAAAGAUUGGACUUGGGUUGGCCUUGAAGCCCUGAAAACGGAGGAAGUUGGGAAGUGCGCAGGCUUUUGUAGUUUUGAUGUCCGGUUUUUAUUCAUUCUUCCCCUUGGCUUCCUCGCCGACGUCGCCCCCAACCCCCCCAGCCAAGAUACCACCCCGUUCCCUUACCUUUUUCUGAGACAACCUCGCUUUGUCAGAUAUUGAGGCAUGUGGUAAGAAAGCUAGGGAAGAUCUUUCAUCCAUCCGUCUGUAUCUAUGAUGUAAGUGGCUAUGGGAAGGUUGUCACAUUUGAAUUGAUCUUCUUUUUUUCCCGUUUUACGCCGAUAAGAAAGGGAGUUGUAUUGUUGGGGGCUAAAAGAGAGUAAUGUGGAAGCGGUGGUACCGUGUGGAGUAGGAGGGUUCGAGGGCGGCUUAAAAGGAAGAGAGAGAGAGAGAGAGAGAGAGAGAGAGAGAGAGAGAGAGAGAGCAAAUGGUAUUCUUUUGCUGAGAUGUGUAUGUGUAAUUGUGACAUGACGAGCAACUUUUCUGCAUGGUGAGAUGACACUUUCUUUUUGUUGUAAAACCGAUGUUUUUUCCUCCUUGGAUGGGACGAGGAAAUCGAUUAAUCGGAUUGAUCAUUCGAUUUCCCGGUUUGUCCAGAAAUUAGAAACGUGAUGAUUGGAUGCAUGUAAGGAGUCCGAAGCGCAAGAUGCACUCUUGAUGUCUUCCGUGUAUGAACACGACCCAAGCAGUUUUUACGGGCUGUCCGAGUGCCUUCAUAGCAAUGCCCGGCUGGACGAAAGUGUCAUUGGGCUGGACAAAAGUGUCUUUGGGCGGGGAACACCUUAUGGUUGCGGGGCCUGUUGGAUGUGGUGGUCUCUUCCUACACUGGCCCCCGAUUUAAUCCCUCCUUGUGUAAUUGUGGAUGGGGUUCGUGCACGCAUUCUGGUUGGCGAUCGUUAGCCCUCGCACAUUCAUCCAUUCUGUUAUUCUGAGCAUUAUCUUAUAGUCCCACCUGUUAUCUCUGCUAACAUUUCACGCUUGUUUGUUACACAGUUUUGUUCUCUCUUCUCACUGAGCGGGAAAGGUGAGAACAUUGAGCCCGGAUCUUCGAAGUGGCAGAAACGAUUUGAUGAUGGCUUUAUGGAGCUGACGGAAUUCGUCAUUAACCUAAACUUUGAUGUGAUAGAAAUG